GGGCGCGCUCUCGUGGCCUGCUGUCCUGGCGGCGCCAACUGAAGCGCCGCGCCCGUGCCGACAUGCUGCGCCGCGCUCUGCUCUGCCUGGCUCUGACCACGCUAUUCCGCGCGGAUGCCGGCGCCCCCGAUGAGGAGGACCACGUUCUGGUGCUCCAUAAGGGCAACUUCGACGAGGCGCUGGCGGCCCACAAGUACCUGCUGGUGGAGUUCUACGCCCCAUGGUGUGGCCACUGCAAGGCUCUGGCCCCAGAGUAUGCCAAAGCAGCUGGGAAGCUGAAGGCAGAAGGUUCCGAGAUCAGACUGGCCAAGGUGGAUGCCACUGAAGAGUCUGACCUGGCCCAACAGUAUGGUGUCCGAGGCUACCCUACCAUCAAGUUCUUCAAGAAUGGAGACACAGCUUCCCCCAAAGAGUACACAGCCGGCCGAGAAGCCGAUGAUAUCGUGAACUGGCUGAAGAAGCGCACUGGCCCCGCCGCCAACACGCUGUCCGACGGGGCUGCUGCAGAGGCCUUGGUGGAGUCCAGUGAGGUGGCUGUCAUUGGCUUCUUCAAGGACGUGGAGUCGGACUCUGCAAAGCAGUUCUUGCUGGCAGCAGAGGCCAUUGAUGACAUCCCCUUCGGGAUCACAUCUAACAGUGACGUGUUCUCCAAAUACCAGCUGGACAAGGAUGGGGUUGUCCUCUUUAAGAAGUUUGAUGAAGGCCGGAACAACUUUGAGGGGGAGGUCACCAAGGAGAAGCUUCUGGACUUCAUCAAGCACAACCAGUUGCCCCUGGUCAUCGAGUUCACCGAGCAGACAGCCCCGAAGAUCUUCGGAGGGGAAAUCAAGACUCACAUCCUGCUGUUCCUGCCGAAAAGCAUGUCUGACUAUGAGGGCAAGCUGAGCAACUUCAAAAAAGCGGCUGAGAGCUUCAAGGGCAAGAUCCUGUUUAUCUUCAUCGACAGCGACCACACUGACAACCAGCGCAUCCUGGAAUUCUUCGGCCUGAAGAAAGAGGAGUGCCCGGCCGUGCGCCUCAUCACGCUGGAGGAGGAGAUGACCAAAUACAAGCCAGAGUCAGAUGAGCUGACAGCAGAGAAGAUCACUGAGUUCUGUCACCGCUUCCUGGAGGGCAAGAUUAAGCCCCACCUGAUGAGCCAGGAGCUGCCUGACGACUGGGACAAGCAGCCUGUCAAAGUGCUGGUCGGAAAGAACUUUGAAGAGGUUGCUUUUGAUGAGAAGAAGAACGUCUUUGUAGAGUUCUAUGCCCCGUGGUGCGGUCACUGCAAGCAGCUGGCCCCCAUCUGGGAUAAGCUGGGAGAGACCUACAAGGACCACGAGAACAUAGUCAUUGCCAAGAUGGACUCCACGGCCAACGAGGUGGAGGCAGUGAAAGUGCACAGCUUCCCCACGCUCAAGUUCUUCCCCGCCAGCGCUGACAGGACGGUCAUUGACUACAAUGGGGAGCGGACACUGGACGGUUUUAAGAAGUUCCUGGAGAGCGGUGGCCAGGAUGGGGCCGGAGAUGACGACGAUCUAGAAGAUCUUGAAGAAGCAGAAGAACCUGAUCUGGAGGAAGAUGAUGAUCAAAAAGCUGUGAAAGAUGAACUGUAACGCAGAGAGCCAGACCUGGGCACCAAACCCGGCACCUCCCAGUGGGCUGCACACCCAGCAGCACAGCCUCCGGACGCCCGCAGACCCUCCCGGCGAGGGAGCGUCAAUCGGAAAUGCAGGGAACUUUUCUGAAGCCACACUUCACUCUAACACACGUGCAAAUCUAAACCCGUCUUCCUUUGCUUUUCAACUUUUGGAAAGGGGUUUAUUUCCAGGCCAGCCCAGCCCAGCCCAUCUUGGUGGGCCUUUUUUUUUAAAUCGUGAUGUACUUUUUUUGUACAUGGUUUUGUCCAGAGUGCUCGCUAAAAUGUUUUGGAAUCUCACGCUGGCAAUGUCUCUCAUUCCUGUUAGGUUUAUACUAUCACUUUAAAAAAAUUCCGUCUGUGGGAUUUUUAGACAUUUUUGGACGUCAGGGUGUGUGCUCCACCUUGGCCAGGCCUCCCUGGGACCCCUGCCCUCUGUGGGGCAGAACCAGGCAAGGUUGGACGGGUCCCUCACCUCAUGCGGUAUUGCCAUGGUGGAGCGCGGCUCCUGCAUCAUUUGAUUAAAUGGAGACUUCCGGUCUCUGUCACAGGGGCCCCCCCCCGCCAUGAGCGGAGGGUGCAGCUGGGCCCAGGACAAGCCCAGCAGCCCCCUCCUUCCCCAGGCCAGGGUCCUUAUUGUUCUGUGAUGUCCAGGGUGGCCUGAGGCCUGCGCCAGGCAGAACCGGGACCCUUCCUUUCCAGGCUGGGAGACAGCCAAGGAUGCUUGAGCUGAAUCACAUGUUGACAGUUCUUCAGGCAUUUCUACCACAAUAUUGGAAUUGGACACAUUGGCCAAAUAAAGUUGAAAUUUUCUGCC